AUGAGUUCUAUUGUCUCGGCGGCUGCCAGUCUUCCGUUGGCAAUUCCAACGACAAGCCUCGGUAUCGUUGUGGCUCGCUAUAAAGAAGAUUUGGAGCCAUGGCUUUCAGCAGCUAAUUAUUCCUAUAUCUAUGAUAAAGGCGGAAUCCCACAAUCUAACGACACCGUCAACCACGACGCUUUCCGCUCCUAUGUUGAGCUACCCAAUAUCGGCCGAGAGGGACACACGCAUUUAUACCAUAUUGUGAACAAUUGGAAUACGUUAGAGGAUUACAUGAUUUUCUCUCAAGCAGAUCCCUAUGAUCUUAUUGGCACGGUCGUCAACUCGACCAAUCAAAUGAUUGAUGUGGCUCUCCAAGUCAAACCCAACGAAGUUAAUCCUUUCGAUCCAACUCUGUUUCAUGAUGUCGAUGACUGGGCGAAGAUCAACUGGACAGAUCCAAAAGAAAGCAUCUGGAUUACAGCAAGUCAGUUAAGUUCUCUGGUGUUUGCUCCGUACACUCCUGAAGAACUCUGGAAUUAUGUCCUACGAGAGGAUCACCCACCAGCCAUUCGAGCUGCACACGGUGGAACAUUUGCUGUUCGGCGAGAGACAAUUUAUAGCCAGCCGCUAGAAGCAUAUGAAAGAGCUUUACAAAGAUUUACUGAAGCCAAUACUACGAAUCCCGAAGUAGGAUUCAUGUGGGAACGUUUCUGGACUGCAACUUUCUCAAACCAAUAUUGGCUCCAAGCAGUGGAGAAUCCUUAG